AUGAGAGAAAAUAUAGUAGGAACUUCAAAUAAAUCACUGGUGACUGAAUUUAUUCUGAUUGGAUUAUCAGAACAUCCCAGAGCUCAGAUUGUUCUCUUUUGGUUCCUCUUGAUAGUGUAUCUCAUAAGCUUUCUUGGCAAUGGACUCAUCAUCAUGUUGAGCAUUGCUGACCCCCGGCUUCACACCCCCAUGUAUUUCUUCAUUUGUGUCCUUUCCACCGUAGACUUUAUUCUUACCAACAAUGCACUUCCUGAGAUCCUGGUGAACUGCUUCAUCUACAGACCCACAAUUUCUUUCUCCAGAUGUUUGGUCCAAAUGUACAUUGGCUUAUUUCUGGUUGUAGCAGAGUGUAUUGUUUUGGCAGUCAUGGCAUAUGAUCGCUUGGCAGCUGUAUGUCAGCCAUUAUACUACACGCAGAUCAUGAGUUGGAAAUUAUGCUUUUAUCUAGUAGCCAUGUCAGUGGCCAUUGCCUUCAUGACGACACUGAUCAACGUGCUCUUGCAGCCCACUGAUUUCUGUGGCCAUCGCAUCAUCAACCAUUUUGCAUGUGAGCUUCAAUCCUUACUCAAACUGGCUUGUUCCAACACAGUCAGUGAGCUCUUUAUGCAUAUCUCCAGCCUCUUUCUUCUAUUCCCUCCCUUUGGCUUCAUAGUGGUGACAUACAUCCGCAUAGGCCUGGCUAUACGAUGUAUAAGCUCCACCCAGGGACGCAGAAAAGCCUUCUCCACCUGUAGUUCUCACCUUGCUGUGGUCAGUGUCUUUUACGGAACAAUCAUGAUCAUGUACUUGAGACCCGAAGGGAAAUCUGUUUCUGAAAAGGCCAAGGUCAUAUCCUUAGCAUAUGGGGCUCUGACUCCCAUGCUCAACCCUCUGAUCUACAGCCUGAGAAACAAGGAUGUCAAGGGGGCAUUUUGGAUGCUGGUUCAAAGAAAAAUCUUAAUGUAA